GUGAUACUGACUCCUGGUCCCACAGCUGCCCUUUCCUGGGCCGGGUCAUGCGCUGCCCCAAGUGCCUUCUCUGCCUGUCAGCACUGCUCACACUCUUGGGCCUCAAAGUGUACAUCGAGUGGACGUCUGAGCCCCGGCUGGGUAAGGCCUACCCGGGACCCCGCAGCACCCCACCAGGCCCCACGCCAGCCAGCCCCGAGCCCACCCUGCCGGCUAACCUCUCGGCCCGUCUGGGCCAGACUGACCCGCUGCCCUCGGCCUACUGGAACCAGCAGCAGUGGCGGUUGGGGACCCUGCCCAGUGGGGACAGCACUGAGGUGGGGGGCUGCCGCGCUUGGGGAGCUGCCGCUGCGGCCGAGAUCCCCGACUUCGCCUCCUACCCCGAGGACCUCCGCCACUUCCUGCUGUCGGCAGCCUGCCGGAGCUUCCCACGGUGGCUGCCCAGGGGUGGCGGUGGCCAGGUGGCCAGCUGCGAGGACCCCGACGUCCCCUACCUGCUGUUGGCCGUCAAGUCGGAACCAGGGCGCUUUGCAGAACGACAGGCCGUGAGGGAGACGUGGGGCAGGCCGGCUCCCGGGGUCCGGCUGCUCUUCCUGCUGGGGUCCCCGGCGGGCGAGGGGAGGCCUGACCUAGGCUCCCUGGUGGCCUGGGAGAGCCGCCGCUACAGCGACCUGCUGCUCUGGGACUUCCUUGACGCCCCCUUCAACCAGACGCUCAAGGACCUCCUGCUGCUGGCCUGGCUGGGCCGCCACUGCCCCAGCGUGAGCUUCAUCCUGCAAGCCCUGGAUGACGCCUUCGUGCGCGUCCCCGCCCUUCUGGACCACCUGCGGGCCCUGCCGCCCAGCACGGCCCGUGGCCUCUACCUGGGUGAGGUCUUCACCCAGGCCAAGCCCCUCCGGAAGCCUGGAAGGCCCUUCUACGUGCCUGGGUCCUUCUUUGAAGGCGGCUACCCAGCCUACGCAAGUGGGGGCGGCUACAUCAUCGCGGGCCGCUUGGCACCCUGGCUGCUGCGGGCGGCGGCCCGCGUGGCCCCCUUCCCCUUCGAUGAUGUCUACACCGGCCUGUGCUUCCAAGCCCUGGGCCUGGCCCCCAGGACCCACAAAGGCUUCCUCACGGCCUGGCCGGCAGGCCGCACUGCUGACCCCUGUGCUUUCCGUGACCUGCUGCUGGUGCGGCCCCUCAGCCCCCAGGACAGCGUCCGGCUCUGGAAACAGCUGCGGGACCCUCAGCUCCAGUGCUGAGACUCGGAGGUGGGGCGGGGCGGGGAGGGCAGACCUGGCCUGGGCCUUGGCGCCAGCCCCUUGCUCAGCCUCUCUUUCUAGGCCUCGUUGCGAGGAAGGAGGUCCUGGAAUGGAGGCUGCCUGAGCCCUCCCUGGGCCUCCCCAAGAGGCGACAGACUGUUUCCGUCUUUCAGUUUCUGAGGCCUGGAGUCGUCGUCUCUGUCUACGGGGCCUGGAGUUGUCGUCUCUGUCUAUGGGGCCUUGAGGCAGUUUACGGAGCAAAGCUCAGCUGCACCCUGACCUUCACACCAGACGCUCUCCCCACCCUUACUGGGCAAGGCCGGCUCCGAUGGCCUCUCGGUCACCUUGCUGGACACCAGCUUUGACCCAUUCUAUGGGAGACAAGAGGCCAUCUCUGGAGGACCCCACCCCCAUCCUGUUUGCUGAAGCUGACCUUCCAGCUUGCAAAAGUUUCUGGAGGAAGAAGAUAGCUCAACAGCCUUGGCCUUAUUUAUCUCAACUGGAGAAGCACGGGUGGUCCCAAACCAGUCAUGCUGGCCUCUCCUCCCACAUCCCCAACUCCAGGAAACAGAAACCAGAGGUAGCAUGAAGCCAAAUGCAGAGACAUAGUUUAUUCACUACCUGCUGACCACCUCUCACUCUGAGUAAGUUCCACAGGCUGACCUGCCACGUCCACCCCCAGCCCUGAGGGGCUUCCAGUCCUGGAGGUGCCCUUGCCCAGCCCCUGGGAGAAGACCCUGUAACUAAAGGCGAAGAAGGGGCUGACCAAGGCCCCACCAACGUUAACAGCAUGGAGAGGCAGGAGCCGCCCCAAGUGCUGCCCUGGCCGCCUCUGCCCUCAGAGGCAGAGUUGGCGUAGGUGGGGAUGGGCCAAGUAGCCUCACUUCUCGAAGUGAUCCAGGGGGUAGUGCUCCCCAUAGGCCUGGAGGUGACGGGCCAAAGACUCCUGCUGCUUGCGGAGCUGGGUAGGCAUCUCCUGAUACACAUCUGAGAAGAGCAGGCUGGGGCUGGGCUUCAGCUUCCGCUCGGCCUGCUCAAAGGCCUCCAUCACCUGGGGGACAAGCGGCAGUGGGCAGGCAGCCGACCUCUCACCCAGGAACCUGCUUCCUACCUGUGGGAUCCUGGCGAGGGGUUAACCCCCUGAGCCUCAAGUUCCC